AGAUAGAGAGAAGGUGCAGAGCUAGCCUAGCAUCAUAGUGCCGUGGAUGCCCAACACGCUGCUGUUAUAAAUCGUAGCUGAGCUGCAGGCUCGCGUAACCCGAGCGCAUCCACGCACGUUUGUUUGACAACGAGGCAAAAACCAUUCUACAGGCCAGGCUGCCGUCUUCUCUCUCUCUCCUGAGCAUCUAUCUCUCCUUGCUUGAUGCGAAGCAGCGGAGGCAGAGCUGAAAUCAUAUCCGCGUCCGUUCUCGAUAGGGAACGAGCUAGGGCCGACGCUCGUGAGAGGCAUCUCGUCGCUGGUCGCCCCGGCAACAGGAGUGAAAUACCCCAGCAGCAUCAACGUCAUCAAAGUGCGAAGGAAACAUCGUUGCGUUGGUGACGACUUUGCCUAUAUAUUGUCUAUAUUGUAUUUGGUUCUCGCUGCCGCCGUUACAACUACGUACCCGAUAGCACGUCGGCCAUUCUUUCACCAGUGCCUAUCUACGUGUUUGUGUUUGCGGUUUACAUGCCGGAGCAGGCCAGCUGGCCAGGCGAUCGGUGGAGACAGGGAUCUGCGGAGUGGUAAUAACCGCCCGUGGUGAGCUUGGCUGGUGAGAAGCGUACUACGUUGUUGGAUAGGUUUUUGGCAGACGAGCGCGAAUCAGUGCUAACGGCGCACUACGAUCACUACCCACAUAUCGUGUGGGCUAGCAGUUUGUGCAUGUGCGUGUGUGUGUGUCACCAGUGUCGCCGGGCUUAGAACGCAUCCAGCCAUUAUACAGCCGCCGAGAAAACUACAGCACUACCUACACGACCCACAGACGUAAGCAAGCGCGCACGUACGCACGCACACACGUACGUAGGAACUGAUGGCGAAGAUGAAGGUUGAGACGGAGAACAACAACAACGUUGUCGUCGUCGCGCCGUCGCACACCGCCGACGACUUCCUCCACCAGGCCGACGACCUUCCGAUGGACGCCGACAUCACUUCCUCGAUCACGUCCGGCGAAUCGAACUGCUCGACAGGCGUCGGCGCAUCUUACGUCACGAGCACCGAGCCGCGUCUGACGACGACUGCCGACGUCGCUGCUGCCGACGUUACUCUCAACGGAUUCUCCGCGAAGACACGCGGAAAACGCUCGAACGCUGCGAGCCUGAGUAAAGCCCGCAUGGCGGCGAACGCCCGCGAGAGGGCGCGCACGCAGAGCGUCAACACCGGCUUUUCGGCGCUGCGCACGCUGAUACCGACGGAGCCGGCCGACCGGAAGCUGUCGAAAAUCGAGACUCUGAGGCUCGCCGUCAGCUAUAUAGCGCAUCUAGAGACGGUAUUGUUGGUGAGCGAGAUCGAGGACGAGGCGGCGGCCGAUCAGCCGUGCAUACGACACGCCGACACGUUGUCGCGCGUGCGACAAGCGACGGCGUCGGCGGGGACGACACCGCACGUCGUCAUGCAGCCGUCGCUGUGCACGUUCUGCCUCAGCUCGAAAAACGGACGGUAGGCGGUGACUGACGCUGCCGUUGGACUGCCAUACAUCCGACCCAGUCGUGUGAAGUCUCUACUCUCUCGAUACUCAAUCCAGCGCGAUCAUCGCGCUAGGGUAUCGAUGCCCGAAGCUGCACAGCGCGCUGGUGCCUGCAGGGUAGACGAAUGCGCUCACAAAUCGACACCGACGAAAAGUUGCGCAUACGAAACGAGGAAAAAGUUGCACCGAAACGAGGCUGCGCGAGCGACGGGAGCGUCUCCACGACGACGAAGCAAACAAACGACCUUCGCCACCCUCGGGACACGGAAAUGAACCUUAGAGGUUGCGUCGAAUGCAACCCACAUCGGAAUAAGUCGGUCCGAGACGGGAAGCAAUAUACUGAAACUACCGAGAUACUGCAGCCUGGAGAGACGUCAAAAGGCAUGAAACCUGGGGAGCGAAAGCCUCUAAACGAAGGACGCUUUAUGAGAGACCUUACGAAAGGCGAAUUUAAGCUGAAAGCGAGAGGUGCGUUUUGAAAGGCAGUCAACUUCGAGAGAGAGGGACGCGUAGGCUGGUUUCAUUCCGAAGUGAGAAGCGCGGGGAGCGAGAUAAGCGUUCGCUGGAGGCUUCAUCCUCGGUGGGUGAGGCGGCUGCGUGAGUACAGGUCCGCACCGCGUCACCGCGCGCCUACAAAACAGCAGCAGACGAUAUGCGUGUUCGAUGAAGGGCGCGCGCGCGGCUGUGCCUCAUCGCUGGCGGAGAAAAAACCCGCGCAUCUCGGCUUUUAUUACAACCAAAUGGAUAACAGAUUCUUAGAGCCGCCGCUCGCCGCAUCCCUGACUCACGGACGCGCCCAGCCGUGCCAGCGAGCGGACUCAAUCCCUCCGUUCGCGUGUGCACGCCGUGCACGCACACAUCCCAUUUCUGAUCGACAAUAACAGCAGUAGUAGAAGUGUCUUCGCCUACGAUUUAGAAACGCGAUUCUCUACGAACGCAAGUGCGCGCGCUGGGAAACAUAUAACAAACGUAAGAUGUCAAAUGUAAAGAUUAACGUUAAUAGACUCUGACUGCACUAACACCUGUUCCUGCCUGCUUCGGUCUUCAAAUCCCUGCAUGGGGCUUGAAUUCAUUCAUUUCUUUACUUAUCCAGAUAUCCAGCCACCCAUCAAAUCACCCAACCCACCCACGCGCCCGCUUCCUCAGUCACUCACUCACUCACUCACUCACUCACUCACUCACUCACUCACUCACUCACUCAGUCACUCACUCAC